GCUGCAGUAGAUGCAGACAGUGAGGGGUCAUAAAACAGAGGUGAGACGCCGAGGCUGACCGGAGGAGAUCUUCAAGGAGAGAGAGAGAGAGAGAGAGAGACAGGAAAAGGAGGUGGGAUUUAUCCGUCCUAUAGAUCUGACACCCAGAGGACUUCUCCUGUUUUUUUAAGAGUGUCAGUUGAGAGGGAGGGGGGGUUACCAUGGAAACCAGGACGGUGAUGCAGAGCGAGCGGGAGGAGCAGUCGUCCCAGAUGUCUCACAGCAUGCAGCUGUCCUCCCAAAUCCAGAAGAGGACCUUCACUUCCAGCGAUGAGGAAGCCCCCUACUCCGACUUCUACCCCAUCAUCUCCGCUGACCUGAUAUCCGUCAAGGAGAUCCUCAACAUGGACAACUUCUCCACACACAGGACAUGGGAAGACCUGACGGCAGAAUACCGAAGGCAGAAGUGGACGCUUUUUGGAAAUGAAGCUGAGAAGGUGGAACUGGGCGUGAUCAGAAACCAGCGCGUGUUGCGUACACGUGUUGACAAAAUGGCUCUUCGAAAACAGGCAGAAAAGAAAGCAUCCGAAUACAUUGAGUACCUGGAUCUGCUGAGUCAGAAGGCCCCAGACUUUCCAAUCCCUCUGAGGGCUCACACCGUCUGGGAGGGCAUGACGGUGAAGCUGUGCUGCACCGUGCAGGGCUGCCCGCCCCCUAAGGUCAUGUGGUAUAAGGACGGUCGGCCCCUCAUUAUGUCCGCACAGCCUUGGAACUACAGUCUUCAGCAAAAAUUUGGUCUCAACAUACUGGAGAUCAGGAGGUGCUCCCCUGAUGAUGCCGGCGAGUAUAAAGUGGUGGCCAAGAGUCCUCUGGGUGAAGCGAUGACCUUUGGAAGACUCGUGGUGAACUCAUGUCAAGGAGCCGUGGCCGGUUCAGAGCGCUCACGGACCGCCGGUUUACGUCCUGACAACGAAGCCCACUUCGGCCCCUCGUUCCCGCCGACCUGGGUGAAGGAGUCCUGCUGCCUCACCCUGCAGUGCAGCUUCAGCCCGGCUCUGCUGCCCUUCCAGCAGGACGUCACCUGGUUCAGAGACGGCGUACCGCUGCUCCCAUCCAGCAAUGUGAAGAUCAAUACAUGUGAUGACAUUUCAACCAUCACUUUAAAUGCAGCAUACAAAGAGCAUGAAGGCGUUUACACAGCCAGACUGACUACCUGGGACGGAGAAGAGGAGCACAGCGCUUUUGUCUACGUCACGGAUGCCUCGGCCGCGGUGCUGGGAGGCCCCGCCUCUCCUCUGGCCGUGCAGGUCGCUGACAUCAACAAGGACUACGUCUUCCUGAUUUGGCAGCCGCCCAGCGCUGACGGAUCUUCGCCAGUGGAGGGGUAUAUCAUCGAGAGAUGUGACCUCGGUCUCGGCGAGUGGGAGCGCUGCAACGUGAAUAUUCAGAAAAUGUGCUACUACCCAGUGUCUGGGCUGAAAGAAGGAACUCGGUACCAGUUCAGAGUCCGCGCCGUGAACAAGGCCGGAGCCGGACGCCCUUCCAAAGCCACGGAGCCCAUAGUCACUGCAGACCCCCUGGAGCCCAGCAGGACGAUGGUGGUCAGGGUGCAUGGGGGAAGGACCAUCACUGUUCAGAAAGACGACCUGGAAGGUCAGGUCAAAGUUCCUUUCCCUCCCACGGACGUCCAUGCCUGCGAGGUGAGCGAUACCUACGUGGUGCUGAGCUGGACCGAGCCCGACCCGAGAGGCCGCGAGCCGCUUACCUUCUAUGUGGAGAGGACGCCGGCGGGGCAGAGCAGCUGGGAGCUGGCCAGCCUGGACAUGGCGGUAAACUCUCCUCGCUUCCCGGUGUUUGACUUGGUCAAGGGCAAGCAGUACUGCUUCAGAGUGCGCUCUGUCAACAAGUACGGUGUCAGUGACCCGUCGGAGCCGAGCCCGCCGAUCUCCCUCGGAAAGCCACAAGAGCUGCCGGCUCCUCCUCACUCAGUCAUGGCCUACAGAGACACCAACACCUCGGUGCUGCUGCAGUGGCAAGAACCUGCAGACAAAGACGACAUCCUGGGAUAUUAUUUGUACGCCAGUGAAGUUGGCAGUCAGGACUGGAAGACGGUCAACAACAAGCCAGUCACCAAAAACAGGUUUACGGUCCACGGACUCAAGACUGGGAAGGAAUACGUGUUUCGAGUGAAGUCUGUAAGCCGGGCAGGAAACAGCGUGUAUUCAGAGGAGAGCGAGCCCAUCCUGGUCAGAAGAGCCAUCCAUGUUCCCUCCGCUCCGUCUGCCAUCGCCCUGCUGCUGUGCACCGGAUCAGAGAUGGUGCUGGGCUGGAGGGCCCCCUCAGAUAACGGAGGCUCGCGCAUACGCGGCUACUACCUGGACCAGAGGGAAGGCGGGGCGGAGCUGUGGAGAGAGGUCAACGUCCAGGCCGUCGAGGAGAGGAAGAUCAAGGUCUCCAACCUGACAAGUGGACUGUUCUACCAGUUCCGAGUGUUUGCUGCCAACGCGGCCGGAGUGGGGAAGCCCUCCAAACCCAGCGAGGAUUUCCUGUGUGAGAAGUGGACAAUGCCAGAGCCAGGCUGCCCCUAUGACCUGGAGUGCAGGGAGGUGAGGGACGACUCCCUGGUCCUCCUGUGGGCAGCGCCGCUGUACGAAGGACGAGGCCCCGUCACCGGCUACUUCCUGGAGGUCAGCCAGGGAGACCAAUCAGAGGAGUGGACUACGCUGAAUGACAAACCGAUCACUGACACACGCUACAAGGUGUCGGGUCUGGAGACGGGUCAGACCUUCAGGUUUCGUGUGGCAGCUGUCAAUGAGGCCGGCGUCGGCUGCCCCUCUCUGCCCACGGAGCCCAUCACGGUCCAGACUCAGCCAGGCACCAAAGAAAUUGAGAUCGGAGUGGAUGACGACGGCUUCAUAUUUCUCGGCUACGAGGCGACAGAGAUGAACGACGAUAGCGAGUUCCUUUGGGGCAAAAACUACACAGACCCCAUUGAUCCUGAGAGAGCACAAGAAAAAACCAAGGACAAUAAGUCAGUCCUCACCUUCACAGACCCCUCUGAGGAGGACCUGGGUCUCUACACUGUGGAGAUGAGCGACAACCCCCAGCUGUCGUCCAGCUACGAUUUCACGGCCGAAGACCUCGACCGACUUAAAGAGCUCAGCUGGCAAAUAAGAAACCCACUGAUAGAGCUGAAGUCGGGCUGGCAUGUGGAGGUUUCUGAAACCGGCGGCGUCCGUCUCUGGCUGCAGACCGAGAGCCUGAGCGACGACGCCGAGCUCCGUCUCAUCUUUAACGACCAUGAGAUCUCCAGCUCUCCACACCGUAAAAUCAACUUUGACAGGGCCAAAGGUCUGGUGGAGAUCCUGUUUGACCAGCUCACCCCGGAGGACGAGGGCUCGUACACGGCUCAGCUGAAGGACGGCCGCGCCAAGAACCAGUUCACUUUGGUCUUUGUGGACAAAAUGUUUCGUGAGACCCUGGCGUUGGCUGACGCAAAACGGCGUGACCACAUUCGAAAAUCCGGACCGUAUUUCCAGGAUUUCCUGUCAUUUAGCGUGAAUAAGGAUUGUGAAGUAAUCCUAACGUGCAAGGUGACAAACACCAACAAGGACACGUCACUCAAGUGGUUUAAGGAAGGCGCGGCGGUGACCCAGUUUGUUUAUGAUCAGCCGUCAGGGGUCAGCUCGCUCACCAUCCCUCAGAUGACAAAGGAAGACGCGUGCUCGUACAAGGCGGUGGUGUCAGAUAAGAGAGGAGAAGACGUCAGCAUCCUGCAGUUAAAGGGCGAUGAGUAUGAAAAGCUUCUCCAGCAGCUGAGUAAACAGUGUGCGCUGUCGGCCGGGCCGCUGAGGAUUCAGAGCACCGCCGAAGGUUUCAGGCUCUACUGCUCUCUCAAAUACUAUAUAAGCUUCCUGAAGACCAGCUGGUUUUUCAAGGAGAAGCAGAUUGACAAAGAAGCCAGAACCAAGCCUGGAAGCAGCAAGCAGCAAGUCUGGAUCGACAUCUCAGACCCAACAGAGAACGACAAAGGCAAAUACACGCUGGAGAUGUUCGACGGCGGCGAGAAACACAAACGCUUCCUUGACCUGUCUGGACAAGCCUUCGAUGACGCCCUGCGGGAGCACCAGAGGUUAAAGCAACUGGCCAUUGCUGAGAAAAAGCGAGCCAGGGUGAUUAAGGGUCUUCCGGAUGUUGUUGCGAUCAUGGAGGGCAAGUCUCUGUGUCUGACGUGCUUCAUCGACGGCGACCCGGCCCCCGAAUCCUGCUGGCUCCGCAACGACAAGGAGAUCUUUAACCAGGAUCAGUUCACCAUCACCAAGGAGCCCAAGUGCAGCGCCAUCACAAUCAACAACGUCAACAUGCAAGACUCCGGAAAGUACAGCAUCUUUGUGCACAACCAGUACGGCUCCGACACGGCCGACGUGACCGUGAGCGUCUACAAGCGCGGCGAGAAGCCCCCGGCCAACGCAGUGCACAUGGGUUUUUAAGAUUUCAUGCUCAAGAUUUAGAUUUGAAGUGUUGCAACAUAUUCUGCUGCAUUCAACUGAAAAAUAAGGCAGUCCUACAAACAAGCCAUGCAUGCUUCAGGGUGUCUGUGGCUCAGUCAGUGGAGGUCAUCAGUGUUUGUGGAGAAGAAACUCAACCGCGGGUUUCUGUCAGUGAUGUCCAGACGCCUCACAGAGCAGCUGAUGUGUUUCUAUGUGUGAAUGUGGCGAAUCGUGUUAACAUAUCGAGGCUGCUAAAGCAGUAAAAUACACCACAUAAAGAAAGUUCAUCCCUAAACAUAUUAUAAAGGCCAGUCCAGUUGGAAAUUAUUACUUUACUCUUCAUAUUUGAGCAUUGUGAGCAACUCUCACAACUUUUCUCAAAGUUCUUUUAUGUUAAAAAUCACAAAGCCUUUGGUCUGAGUUCCUAGAUAUCCUGAUGUGUUGCUUGUGUGAACUGAAUAAAGCCAUAU